GCCCUCCCCGAGCUAUUUUGAAAGUGACCCUGGGCUGCGCGGCCGCGGGGCGGCGGGGAGAGGCGCGGCGGGCGCGACGGGAACCAUGACAGAAGAUGACCGAGGCGGCGCUGGUGGAGGGCCAGGUCAAGCUGCGGGACGGCAAGAAGUGGAAGACUAGGUGGCUGGUGCUGCGCAAGCCGUCGCCGGUGGCAGACUGCCUGCUGAUGCUGGUCUACAAGGACAAGGCGGAGCGAGCCAAGGGCCUCCGGGAGCGCAGCAGCCUGACGCUGGAGGACAUCUGUGGGCUGGAGCCCGGCCUGCCCUACGAGGGCCUGGCCCACACGCUGGCCAUCCUCUGCCUGUCCCAGGCCGUCAUGCUGGGCUUCGAGAGCCGCGAGGCCAUGUGCGCCUGGGACGCCCGCAUCCGCUAUGCGCUGGGCGAGGUGCAUAGGUUUCAUGUGGCGGUGGCGCCAGGCACCAAGCUGGAGAGCGGCCCCGCCACCCUUCACCUCUGCAAUGAUGUUCUCGUGCUGGCCAGGGACGUCCCCCCAGCGGUCAUGGGCCAGUGGAAGCUGUCCGACCUCCGGCGCUACGGGGCUGUGCCCAACGGAUUCAUCUUUGAAGGCGGGACCAGGUGUGGGUACUGGGCCGGAGUGUUCUUCUUGUCCUCUGCCGAGGGUGAACAGAUCAGCUUCCUGUUCGACUGCAUUGUCCGUGGCAUCUCCCCAACCAAGGGGCCCUUUGGGCUGCGGCCGGUCCUCCCAGACCCGAGCCCCGGGGGACCCGCCACCGCUGAGGAGCGCGUAGCCCAGGAGGCCCUGGAAGCCCUGAAGCUGGAGAAGCGACUCAGCCUCCUCUCCCACGGGGUCAGGCCGGGCAGCGGAGGGGAUGACCGCAGCCUGUCCAGCUCAUCCUCGGAGGCCAGCCACUCAGACAUCAGUGCCGGCAGCCGACUCACAGCAUGGCCAGAGCCAUCCCUGUCCUCGGCCAGCACGUCGCAGGAGGGCCCGGGGCUGGCGGCUGCCCAGGUGUCUGGAGAGGCUGCGCCAGGCAUCUCCAGGCAGCCCCCUAAGCCACUGCGGCCCCGGCAGCUGCAGGAAGUUGGCCGCCAGAGCUCCUCGGACAGUGGCAUAGCCACAGGCAGCCACUCCUCCUACUCAGGCAGCUUCUCGUCCUGUGCCGGCAGCAGCCUGGAUGUGUGGCGCACGGGGGACGAGUUUGGCUCCUUGCUCAGCCUGCCGCCAGUGGCUGGGGUGCCCGAGCCCAGCCUGUGCGCCUGCCCGCCAGGGACAGCUGAGUACCAAGUGCCUACGGCCCAGCGGCACCAUUAUGACACGCCGCGCAGCCUGCGCCAGGCCCCCAGGGACCAGAUCCCGGCCGCGCAGGGUGGCCCCGACGACCCUGGGGCUGGGGACUCGGGGGGCCAGAUGUCCACGGGGUGUCCCUCCGGCUGGCUGGGCACGAGGCGGCGGGGACAAGCAACGGAGGCCCCGGGCUGUGAGGCCCCUGGCGAGGGCUGGGAAGCAGGCAGCCCCCAUGCUGGGCACCCUCCAGCUUUCUUUUCCACCUGUCCUGUCUGUGGAGGACUCAAGGGAGCAGUGGCCUCACCUCCCCACCUUCUGAUGAUGCAUUCAGGAGCCCCAGGGUCCGAGAGACCAAGCAGCGAGGCGCCCCCCUAUGUGAACGUCCCCGUCAGCCCCUCCCCCAAAGCGCAGCUUCAGUACCUGGGCCUGGAGCUCCAGGGGGCCAGCGCCGGGAUCCGAGGGGCUGGUGCAUCCCGCUACGCGCAGAUUGACAUUGUGGCCACUGAGGCGGCCCACAGGGCAGGGGCCCGGCACGCACAGACCCGGGAGGAGAGGCUGCCAGAGCUGGACCAGAGAAGGAAGGGGACCCCAAGGUGAGGACAGCGCCCCCGCCGGGACGGGGCAGCUCAGCCAGCUGGCCUCGCUGUGGCUGCCCACAGCCCAGAGCACCAGGGGGCCCUGAGGGGACCGGAGAGCAGCACGCACAGCUCUGGGAUGCAAAGCGCCCUCCCCUUCCCUGGAUGUCGUGGCCUCCAGACUGAGGCCAGGACUGCCGUUGGGAACACACAGCCCCUAACCACAGCAGGGCCAGACCAGGCCCCAUCCCUGCCAAGCGUCCUGUAGCUGCCUCCCUCUGUCCCACACCCAGGUCACUGCUGCCUUGGGCCUGGGGACUGUGCCAUCCAUGAGCCCUGGGGGUAGCGGGACUGUCCCCCUUCAGCCCGGUCAGGCUGCUGGUACGGCCCGCACAUGCGUUUACUGGACUGUGUUGCUUCUUAGGACCCAUUAUUGUUUGACCUGUAAAUAGUUAAAAAUUGUUAACGUUCUAUUUUUAACAUGCAC